AUGGCUCAUCAUGGCCAUCGCCAUGACCGCAUCAGCAGGCUCAGCCGAGCAAAGCACCGGUUGGAAGCGAGUGAUGCAGACCCGGUAGACCCGAAUGUGCUCAGCGGCGUGGAUACGCUUCAGAACCCGGUUUUCGCCUCCGAUACCCUGAGUGAUCCGUUUUCCGACCCGUUACAAAAUGACACCGGUCUUGAUGGUUCACCGGAUGCGACUCUAGUAGUGCUCUCCAAACGACAGGAGGCGCAAACGCCUACUACAACAGUCAUCGAGACCGUUAUCCAAGUGGUGGACACCAACUCUCAGACCCUGUGGCAAUCAUCCGGUGUCAAUUUCCCCAUGACCAUCACGGACUCGGCAUUUGGUACUCUCACUCUCACCGGCAUCUCGACCUCGUCAGCGGACUCAAUGAUUCCUUCGUCAGCAGCAAACGCGACGGCUACGCUGCCAUUGCCCCCACAGUCAACGGAGAGCGGGAUACCUAUGGCAAAACAGCUAUCCAUAUCAUCCCCUCGAGCUGCUUCUUCCUCGGCUAUCAGCUCGGUGCCGUACACGUCAACUCGCCUCAUCCCGACGUCAAGCUCUUCAACUACGUCUUGGCCCACUUCAACCUCAGUUUUCGUGGCUGGCAAUUACUUUUCAUCCUCGGGCUCUUCUAGCACUACCAACACUUCGUAUAGCACGUACACCCCUAUCUCUACUACGAGUUCUGGAGCUACCAAGCAGACUGGGUCUGGCACGGGCUCUGGUAGUGACAGUGGCAGCGAGUCCGCGCCUACCACGAGCCAGACACAGUCUUCGUCGGGCUCAGGAUCAGGUAUCGAUCCUACCACUUCAAAAAUCGUGGGUGGAGUUGUAGGAAGCGUGGCUGGUCUUGCUAUGAUCGUCCUGCUUCUCUUUUAUCUCCUCCGUCGGCGAAAGCAGCUUCUUCAGCAAGGAGGUCCUGGUAUCCUUCCACUUCCGUCUGAUGAUGGAGGGACGACUCGGGAGGUGACAACUCGUUCCAGCAACGACCCUCUCUUUUCGGCCGCGUACCUUGCCCCGGCGUUUAUGAAACGUUGGCGUCAGUCAACCAUAACCAUGCGGUCCGAAAGUACCGUCUCCUCCUCCAGCCCGAGUGAGCGUGGAUUCCAGAAAAUUUCUGGAAGAAAACUCCCUCCGGUCCUCACCCACGGAGGCGAUGGGUACGGCGGUGGAGUAGACGGCGACUCGCCUACCAUCCCCGGCUUCCCUCCCAUAUCGCCUGCAGGGGGUCCAGCUACCUCACCUUCAUCACAAGCGCCGCCUCCCACGUCUCCCUACGGGAUGGUACUCGACACCAAAUACACACAGGAAGCCGAGGAGCGCAUUCAGUCUCCAGUGCGUCCUGAACCAGUCCACCUUCCCGUUUCCAGCUCCGUGAAUUCUGGCGUUGCAACCACCGUCACGCCGUCGCAUCCGAUCGCCCAACCGCAGUCCGCCAUCGCGAUCGUGCCCCAGCGAGCGGAUGGACUGGGCCGUAGUCUGGCCAGCUACGACGGAAGCCGUAGCAGUCGCUUCACGGAGAGCAUCGAUCGGUGA